GCGGUGCCAUGGCGCAUGCCAGCGAGGCGUGCGGCAGCCACUUCAUUGCUCUGUUUACGCUAUUAACAGGCUCGAUGAACACCAUCAUCAUGAAGAUGCAGUUCGACAUGGUGGCUCAAGGCACGGAACAAUGCGACGUGGGCGACGGCAUCACGUCCUUGCGCUGUGCGUUCCACAAGCCAUGGUUCGGCGUGCUGCAAGUGAAGCUCGGCAUGACGUUGUGUUUGGUCUACCUCGUGAUUCGCAAGAAGUUGCUCCACCGGCCGUACUUGGAAACCCCCCUUCCAUUGCACGACCCAACACACACGCACAAGUUGUUUAUUGCAGUCCAAGAGUGGCCGUCCACACGAACGUUGGUGGCAACAGUCGUGCCGGCAGCCCUGGACCUCGUGCAAAGCAUCUUUUCGUUCGUGGGGUUGCUGUGGAUUCCCGCAUCGGUGUACCAAAUGAGCGGCGGGUCCAUGCUCAUCUUCAGCGCGUUCAUCUCGGUCAAGUUUAUGCACGUGCACUUGUUCCUAUACAACUACAUCAGCCUGGCACUAGUGGCAUUUGCCCUCGUGUUGGUGUCCAUAGCCGGGUCAUCCCAUGAGUCUGAAUCAGCGCCUUCCGAUGCCUGGAACACGUUCGUUGGGAUGGUGUUCAUUUUGCUCUCUCGGCUCGGGUACUCUGUCAACAUUGCGAUCGAAGAGUACUUUAUGACGACGCUGCAUGUCAGCCCGAUCCUCCAGGCCGGCAUGGAAGGCGUGUGGGGGCUCGUUCUCUUUGUCCCGUUGGUGCCGCUCCUCACAUGGACCGAGCCAGGGCCGUCCGCCGUGGCCAAGAUCUGGCACGAAGAUUUUGUCGAUACAUGGGCAAAGCUGCAGCAGUCCCCGACGCUUGUCGGGCUAGUGGUGGUGUAUGUGCUGUCCAUUGCCGCUUACAAUGUAGCUGCGAAUUGGGUCACCAAGCACAUGAGCUCGAUCGUUCGCAGCAUGAUUGAGAACGGUCGGACGUUGGGUGUGUGGGUCAUCGGACUCUUCCUGUACUACGUCUGCAGCCGCCCAGCCACUUCCCCCAAGAUGGGCGAGCCGUGGACAUCCUCGAGCUGGCUCGAAGUCGUGGGGUUUAUCCUCAUGGUCGUGGCUACCUUGGCGUACAAACGAGUGCUGCGGUACCCCUGCGUGUCCUUCUACCGCGAUGAUUUCGCCCCGAUCCAUUGACGUAAAUACAUCUGUAAAGCGUUCCUAUGGCCCACCCUCGUCACACCACUGGAUACAAGUACCAGUAGGUAGCUCGACGCUAUUUGGAUAACAAAAUAGCGCGAACAGGACACAACGUGUUAGCGAUCGAUGGCUUAUUUGACGUUCUUAAAGUACUCUUGCGAGUCCUUGGGGUUGGUCACAAUCGUGGCCUGGCCGGGUUGCCAGUUGGCAGGGCACACUUCGCCAUGUUCUUCCACGAACUGGAAGGCCUUGACCAAGCGCAAAGCUUCGUCCACGCUGCGGCCCACGGGGUUGUUGUUGAUCGUGUAGCUUUGCAGGAUGCCUUCGCCGUCGAUGAUGAACAAACCACGGUAAGGGAACCCGUUGGACUCGCCCAACGUGCCGUACUUGGCAGAGAUGACCUUCGUGACAUCAGCCACAAUAGGAAUCUUCAUCUUGCCCAAGCCACCCACGUUGCGGGGGGUGCGGGUCCACGCCAAGUGGACUUCGGGGGUGUCCGUCGACGCGGCGAUCAAUUGAGCACCCACGGCUUCGAACUCCUUGGCACGAUCAUUGAAGGCAAUGAUUUCCGUCGGGCAUACGUACGUGAAGUCCUUGGGGUAGAAGAACAACACGACGUACUUGCCGAGGUAGUCCGAGAGCGAAAUUUCGCUGAUGUCGCCACGGACGACGGCAGGGGCAGUGAACGAAGGAGCGGGCUUGCCAACGAACGCCUUGGCAGCAGGGUACUUGACCUUGUUGUCCUCGUCGUCCUCGUCAUCACCGUCAAAGUAGUCACCGUAGUCAAAGUCGUCGUCGUCUUCGUCGUCGUCGUCGGCAGUGGGGACCAAAGGUCCACGGCGAGACGAAGCGAAGCGCACGCUCAUGGCCGGUUGGACCAAGGCUUGCGACGCUUGGGGAAACGAGCGGACGGCGGCUACAGCCACAGGGCGGCGGAGUUGGGUGCACGCAGCACGAACAACAACAGAGCGGAGAUGUUGCAUGAAGAUCUGGGAGUCAGAAGUGAUGCACUACAUGUAGCCAACCACACGUCAAAU